CGGCAACUACGGAGCCAGACCGUCUCCCAAAUCAACGACGCGCAUCAUGCCAUCGCAGGACGACCCUGAGACACCCUGGACCGAGGCCGCUGCCUCCAGAUACGAAAACAAGCCCUUCAGCCAGUACUUCGACCCUUGUGAGGAGGCCGCGCAACGGAGUCUGAGGUGUCUGUACCGCAACGAAGGGGACAGGGAGAUGUGUACAGACUUCUUCCAAGCGUAUCGGGAUUGCAAAAAGCAAUGGAUGAAGGACAAAGCUGCAGCGAGGAAGAAAGACGGGAAGUGGUUUUGAGUCCGAUAGGCUAGGAUGAUAGGAGCGUAUUG